UCCUCUUGCCCCGCUCCCUCCUCAGCGGGAGGCUCCCCCGCGCCUGCCGGGAGGGCGCGGGCCGGAGCGCACCUUGCGUCCGCCGGCCUCUGCCCCGGCCCCGCUUUCACUUUCUGUUCCGGGGUUGGCCAGGCAGGCGGCAGCGGCGCCGGGGCGAGUCGGCUGGGUGCGGACCACCAGUGAGGGGCCUUUUAUACAUUUGUGCCAUUAGGUAGUUUGAGCAAGAAGAUGAUAUCUCUGUCCGUCAAGUGGCCACUUGGAACCACGCCGUUUCUACUCUCCUCACUGUCGAUUCUCUUAACUGUGUCAACCCCUUCCUGGUGUCAGAGCAGAGACACCACGUCUCCAAGAUCUAGUAAUGGGUCACCAUUCCCUUGGGAUAAAAUUCGACUUCCUGAGCACAUCAGCCCCGUUCAUUAUGAUCUCAUGAUCCAUGCGAAUCUCACCACUCUGACUUUCGAGGGAACCACGCAAAUAGAAAUCACGGCCGGCCAGCCUACCAGCACCAUCAUCCUGCAUAGCCAUCACCUGCGAGUCUCUCAGGCCACCCUCAAGAGGAACGUCGGAGAGAGACUGACCGCAGAACCGCUGCGGGUCCUGGAGUAUCCGCCUCAUGAGCAAAUCGCGCUUCUGGCUCCCGAGCCCCUGGCUGUUGGGCUGCCCUACACAGUUGUCAUCGACUACUCUGGCGCUCUUUCUGAGCAUUUGAAUGGAUUUUAUAAAAGCACCUACAGAACCAAGGAAGGAGAAGUAAGAGUACUUGCAUCAACCCAUUUUGAACCUACUGCAGCCAGAAUGGCCUUUCCCUGCUUUGAUGAACCUGCCUUCAAAGCAAAUUUUUCAAUCAAGAUCAGAAGGGAGCCAAGGCACCUCGCCAUCUCCAAUAUGCCACUGGUUAAAUCUGUGACUGUUUCUGAAGGACUCAUAGAAGACCAUUUUGAUGUCACUGUGAAGAUGAGCACCUACCUGGUGGCUUUCAUUAUUUCAGACUUUAAGUCUGUUAGCAAGAUGACCAAGAGUGGAAUCAAGGUUUCCGUAUAUGCUGUGCCAGACAAGAUUCAUCAGGCAGAUUAUGCAUUGGAUGCCGCAGUGACUCUUCUAGACUUUUAUGAGGAUUAUUUCAGCAUUCCAUAUCCCUUACCCAAACAAGAUCUUGCUGCUAUUCCUGACUUUGAGGUUGGCGCUAUGGAAAACUGGGGACUGAUCACAUACAGAGAAUCUUUACUAUUGUUUGAUGCUGAAAAGUCUUCUGCAUCAAAUAAGCUUGGCAUUACUUUGACUGUGUCCCAUGAACUUGCCCACCAGUGGUUUGGGAACCUUGUCACUAUGGAAUGGUGGAAUGAUCUUUGGCUAAAUGAGGGAUUUGCGAAGUUUAUGGAAUUUGUGUCUGUCACUGUGACUCAUCCAGAACUGAAAGUCGAAGAUUAUUUCUUUGGCAAGUGUUUUAAUGUGAUGGAGGUAGAUGCGUUAAAUUCUUCACAUCCUGUGUCAACUGCUGUAGAGAAUUCUGCUCAGAUUCGGGAAAUGUUUGACGAAGUUUCUUAUGAAAAGGGUGCUUGUAUUCUGAAUAUGCUAAGGGAUUAUCUCAGUGCUGAUGUGUUUAAAAGUGGCAUUGUACAGUAUCUCCAGAAGUAUAGCUAUAAAAACACAAAAAAUGAGGACCUGUGGAAUAGUAUGGCGAGUAUUUGCCCUGCAGAUGGCACACAAAGAAUGGACGGCUUUUGCUCCAGGAGUUCACAUUCGUCUUCAUCCUCACACUGGCGACAGGAAGGCCUUGAUGUGAAAACCAUGAUGAACACGUGGACACUGCAAAAAGGCUUUCCGCUGAUAACCAUCACAGUGAGAGGGAGGAACGUACACAUGAAGCAAGAGCACUACAGGAAAGGACCUGACGAUGGCUCAGAAACUGGGUACCUGUGGCAUGUACCACUGACAUUCAUUACCAGCAAAUCAGACUCAGUCCAAAGAUUUUUGCUGAAGACAAAAACAGAUGUGCUCAUCCUCCCUGAAGAGGUAGAAUGGAUCAAAUUUAAUGUUGGAAUGAAUGGCUAUUACAUUGUGCAUUAUGAGGAUGAUGGAUGGGAUUCUCUGAGUGGUCUUUUAAGAGGAGCACAUACAACAAUCAGCAGCAAUGAUCGGGCGAGUCUCAUUAACAAUGCAUUUCAGCUUGUCAGCAAUGGAAAGCUAUCAAUUGAAAAAGCUUUGGAUUUAACCCUAUACCUGAAGCAUGAAACUGAAAUUAUGCCCGUGUUCCAAGGUUUGAAUGAGCUGAUACCUAUGUAUAAAUUGAUGGAGAAAAGAGAUAUGAAGGAAGUAGAAAAUCAGUUCAAGGCCUUUCUCACCAGGCUGCUGAGGGACCUCAUUGAUAAUCAGACAUGGACCGAUGAGGGCUCGGUCUCCCAGCGAAUGCUGCGAAGUCGGCUCCUCCUCCUCGCCUGCGUGUGCAAGUAUCCGCCCUGCGUCCGGAGGGCGGAAGCGUACUUCAGACAGUGGAAGGAAGCCGGUGGAAACUUCAGCCUGCCCACUGAUGUAACCUUGGCGGUGUUCGCUGUGGGCGUCCAGAACCCUGACGGAUGGGAUUUUCUUUAUAGUAAAUAUCAGUCAUCAUUGUCCAAUACCGAGAAAAACGAAAUUGAAUUUGCCCUCAGUAUUAGCCAAAAUAAGGAAAAGCUUCAAUGGCUACUUGAUGAAAGUUUUAAGGGAGAUAAAAUAAAACUUCAAGAGUUUCCACGUAUCCUUAGCGCUGUUGGCAGGAACCCAGUGGGAUAUCCAUUGGCCUGGCAGUUUCUGAGGGAAAAUUGGGAUACACUUAUACAAAAAUUUGAACCUGGCUCAUCUUCUUUAACCAGUAUGGUAAUGGGAACAACAAGUCAGUUCUCCACAAGAGCACGGCUUGAAGAGGUAAAAGGGUUCUUCAGCUCCUUGAAAGAAAACAGUUCUCAGCUCCGUUGCAUACAGCAAACAAUUGAAACCAUUGAGGAAAACAUACGUUGGAUGGAUAAGAACUUUGAGAAAAUCCGAGUGUGGCUCCAAAGCGAGAAGCUGGUGCUGCUCUAACACCUUGUUCCUCGGUGGUUCCUGUGGUAACGUUAUGCUAAAAUUUCAUCAGAUGUGAUUAUUUUCAAACCAGAGAUGGCUCUUUUUUGGCUUCUGCUGAAGAUAUUUUUCUUUUUCCUUUCUUACUCAUUUGACUAUUCCUAUGAAAAGACCAGCUACUAAAUUGUUCAUCGAUGGGUUACUGCUACGAUGCAUUUUAUUGACAGGUGUCACCCUGCAAUCUAAACCCAAGCAACGGGCUCCUUACUGUGGGGGAGUAGCUUAUCUCUACCGGUUUAGAUCCUAUACUUAAGCCUCUUGCUUUCCAAACCCCUGCUCCCCGUAUGUGUGUGUCAUCCAUAAGCCGUUUUGUCACUCUCCUCUGAAGACUCAUGCCCAGCAGGGACCGGUGAACCCCUGGAUCAGUGACUCAGCCAGCAUGUCCCACCCUUCCCUUCCCUUCCACAAGCCCCGGGGCCUACAGGUAGGCGCAUGUCACAAAGCCUGUUUGCUGACUUGUGUCAAUCUCCCAGGCGGGUAGGAGAGUAGAUGGGGUGUCCUGUUGCCCUGGUGCCCUUGCAGGUUGCCUCAGGCUGGCCCCCACUGAGGUUUAGCUCCUGAGAAACGGCCUCUUUUCUACCCAGCCUUCUCCAGGUCUGCCUUCUAGUCACUCUCCCGCUCUCAUCCCUCCUGGAUGAAGGAAGGGUGAAGUGGGAGGCUGGCUUUUCAGUCCUAGCGGUACUUGUGGGCUCCUUACAUCCGUCCCCAUCUGUUUGUUUAAAACAAACAAACAAACAAACAACUUUUUAUAGAACCCUCCUCAAAUAAACCUAAUUUGAGCAUGUGGUCUGCUCCCUCAUGGAUCCUGAGUGAUACAGUGUCCCUCUGAAAAAAAGCAGAGUACAUUCAGGUCUAGAGGAGCAAUCUUUCAUUUGAAGUUGAACUUGGGGAGCUGUUGAUACUUAGGUAGGUGAUGCUUCCUCUCUCUGCUCCAUAUCUGGCCUAGUUUAUAAUUCCCCAAUAAUUUGUUGCUGGCACUAAGUCACGGCAGAGUCUCUAGUACGUAAAUGUGAAACUGAGAAUAUUUCUGUUAGCUUAGUGUGGCACUGAGUUGUCUUUGAAGGCCUUUAUGAGUUUAACAUAAUAUAAAACUUAAUAUAUGAAAAAUGUCGAUGUGUUCUAAUAUGGAAUGUUAAUGUGGAAUAGAGUGACAUGUGUUUACAAUUCUCUUUUUAUAUGUAUUGCAUAGUCUAAUGGUUUGAGAAAUAAAAACAAAACCAGGAAUCACUGGUAAUUUCCACUCCCAUGUAUUAACCUUCUAAAAGACAUACAGAGCCGAGAUUUUUAAUGUAAAAUAUUUUUAAUUGUUUUGUAUUUUUGAUUUAAUGAAACAUGGAAAUAGUGGUCUUCAGUUUUGGUCACCUGAGGAACCUAUGUUAAUUUGCCUUUGGAGAAAUCCAUUUUCUAAAUAACAGUAUUGCUACAACAAUGUGCAAAUACCUUUUUGGGAAUAAAAAUUGUCUUAUUUACUUCUAA